GGGGAGGGGCGGGUCCCCCACCCCAGGGGAAGUGAGUGGCCGCGGCUGGGAUUACGUGCAGUGGUGGCGGCUGCAGUGGCUCUGAGUCUUCUGGACGCCGACUGGAAGCGACAGACAACGAGCUUGGCCUUGGCCUUUGCCUCGCAUACGUCCCGGACAUGGACCCCGCCAGCCAAGAUAUCAACCUGAAUUCUCCUAACAAAGGUCUGCUAUCAGAUUCAAUGACAGAUGUACCUGUGGAUACAGGAUCUGCUAGGACCACCAUUCCUGAGGGUCUGACAGAGGCAGAGGAAGAAGAGCUCAGAUCUGAACUCACUAAGGUAGAAGAAGAGAUUGUGACAUUAAGGCAGGUUCUGGCCGCCAAAGAGAGACACUGUGGUGAGCUGAAGAGGAAGCUGGGCCUAACUCCCUUGGAUGGACUAAAGCAGAAUCUUACAAAGAGUUGGCAUGAUGUGCAGGUCUCCAAUGCCUAUGUGAAAACAUCUGAGAAACUUGGAGAGUGGAAUGAGAAAGUGACACAGUCUGACCUAUAUCUUUCAGCAAGCAGCACAUUGGAGGACUGGAAUGAGAAAUUAACCAAUUCAGAAGCUUACAAGAAGACUCAGGAAACUCUCUCCCAGGCAGGACAGAAGACUUCAGCUGCCCUGUCUAAUGUGGGUUCUGCUAUCAGCAGAAAGUUUGGAGAUAUGAGGGCUCAUCCCUUCUCACAUUCCUUUAGCAGCUACUCCAUUCGUCAUUCAAUAAGUAUGCCAGCUAUGAGGAACUCUGCAACUUUCAAGUCUUUUGAAGAUCGAGUUGGGACCAUAAAGUCCAAAGUCGUCGGUGGCAGAGAGAAUGACAGUGACAACCUUCCUUCACCAACAGGAAGCAGUGAUAAACCCCUGCAGGAUCAUGCUCCUUUUUAAACAGCUUUGGAGCUUUCCUCUGCUACUGAAUGAGUUCAAGAAUCCUCUCAACUCAUCAUGAGCAACUCUGCAGAAAAAAAAAAAAACCCAAUAUAAUGAUAAUUCAAACCAGGAAAUGGACAGAGUCCAGUUUUGAGAAUUCAUAUCCAUACAUAUAUAGACACUUGCUGCUGGAUUUGAGUAAAAUAGAGAACAAAAAAAGUUUUAUACACAGAUAUUUUACACUAAAGUUUAUAGAUGAAAUGUAUCACUGUGCUAUUCUUUCUGGGAGGUACAUGUAAAUGGGCAUGAUUUCCUCAUUGAGUAUAGAAAGGGUUUUUUGAAUCAAAGGUGUGAACUCCCAUUUGGAAAACACUACAUAGCUUAGCUGAAUGCCCAAAAAGAUUUCUUUUUGAGAAUGGAAAGAAGUAUAAUUAUGGAACAAACUCUUUGAAAAUUUUGCUUCUUUUCUCUCUUCCCUCAAAUUCUGAAAGCUCCUAUAAGUAACCUAAAAGAUUCUAACUAGCUUAGUUAUUUUUUUCCCCAAAAAAUGGUUGUUGGGAUAUAAAACUGUCCAUUUUCCUGAGCCCCCCAGAAAGGAGAUUCUAAUUAGCAGCUGCCUGGUUGUUGCACAAAUGCUCAAGCUUUAACAAAACAAAAAUCUUUAUUUUUUAAAUGCAGUGGACUUUUCAAAAAUCAAAACAAAGUAAAGCAGCUUUAGCCUCAUGUUAGAUAAAUAUCUUGGAAUUCUGAAGCCGAAAUGCAAGCCUUACAUCGCCUUAUGCUUUACUAGUUUAUAAUCUUUUUAUAUAAAGAAAUUGAGAGUUCUAAAGCUGGGUUUUGAGCACUCUGUGGUUUUGCUUUUAACCCUUAUGGUAGCAUGCCUUUGCCACUUGAUGUGUUUAUCUAAUUCACUCCCUAACUUUAUUUGAGUGUAUGAAACUUGCUUCUCUAUUCUCCUCUGAAGUGCUGCAGUAGCAUCUAGCAGGUUCCUGACUUUAGCUAAUCAGAUCAAAGGCUGCUAGACAGCAGGGAAGGUCAAAACCAGAUGAGAGAUAAACCUUUGUCUUAAGCAACUUUUAAAUGACAAUAGCCCAUCUCCCUGUCCUACUGGCUUUUCUCCUUAAGAAUAAGCCCAAAUGAUUGUACAUUAUUGGUCUGUAAAUCUGAAUUUGCCAUUGUUUACAGCAGAUAUAAAUUCAGAAAAUAGACUUAAUGAGAAGCAGGACUAGACCCUCCCCCAAGACAGGCUGGAGGUGGAUGGAAAGAGUUGAUUAGGAUUAUCAGGAGUCUGACUUGUGGUUUUGUUAACUUCCUAAUAUCCAUGUUUCUCAGGAGCUCUGAGAUUUUUCUUUUUUGUUUUCAGAAUUAUGCCAUUUGGCAUUAUUUCUCAAGGCAAUUGCCCAGCCUAAUGUGAGGCAUCAUUUUGAGGGUGAAGUUUUGUGCCUUAUUGGCUCUCAGCAGUGGGAUUAAAGUCUGUUUGCUUGUAUACAUAUCAAUAAAAUCUCACUGGCUGAAGAAAUGUUCCCUCCAGCCCAAGAUGAUCCUGUUUUGUUCAGCCUUAAUGCUCUCCAUACUCUAGAGAAGCAAGUUCCAAUACACUAGUAUCUGUUUAUUAAUCCUGGGGGGCUGCAUUCCAUGCAAUGUUAGAAAGCAGAUACAGUAGGAAACAUACUGUGUAGUUCCUUUUAUCAAGUUUAUUAUUUGUGGCUAAAUUUGUUAGUUGGGGAACAGUAAGAAAGAAGGAAGAUGCAGGGAUGGGAAAUCUUUCUUCUCCUUAAACUGGAUAUUGGGUAUUUGUCAAUAAAUUAUUCCUUUUCAAGAUAAAAAAA